CUCACACUCUCUCUCUCUCUCUCUCUCUUUCCAUAUCGACUUUAAAUGACGACGGUUUUGGUUAAAAACGUUGGUACUUCACCGGAGAAGUUAUCAACGUCGAGAUACUCUUGUAGAAGCUCCAAAACGUCAGUGAUGAGCCAAAAAUCUCAACCGUUGGAUCUUAAGUUAGAAAACGAAGAAGAUCCUGUAGACUUUGAGUUUCUUCUCGAAGAUCCCGUCACAAUGUUAACCGCCGACGAGCUUUUCUCCGACGGAAAACUAGUCCCACUCAAGUUUUCCGGCACGACUAUUCCGGCGGAGAAGAAGCCUAUAACAACGUCUAUCAACACGGCGGCGAAACCAUGCCGAAGAUUAGAUAUGGAGAUCUCCGGCGUCGAUCCUUACACCUUCUCUCCUCGAGCUCCUCGCUGCACCGUGAGGUGGCGUGAGCUCUUAGGCCUCAAGAGACUCACCAAAACGCGAGACGAAACGUCGUCGUUACCAACAUCAUUAUCACGGUUGUCUACUUCUACUCCAAACCCGAAAACGGCAUCGUUUCGACACUUUCUCAACCGAAGUUCCAAAUCUAAAGACUCAUCAGACGUCAUCUCAUCGUCCAUAUCCUCUUCACGUCUCUCCCUCUCUUCCUCCUCUUCCUCAGGCCACGAGCUAGACGACGUCGUUCCUAGACUCUCUCUAGACCAAGAGAAACCCAACAACGCUCCAAACCCUUUUGCACCGUCACGUGCCCACCACAACCUUAGGAAGCCACGUCGGCAUGAUAAAACUACUGAGAGGGCAUUGACGGUGACGGCGGAUAGUCCGAGACUAAAUGCUUCGGGGAAGAUCGUGUUUCACGGGCUCGAGAGAAGCUCGAGCAGUCCAGGUAACUUCACCGGCGGACCAAGAAUGAAACAUCACCAUGGGAUGCCGAGAUCUCACUCUGCUAAUGUCAGAAUCGCUCCUGUUGUUCUUAAUGUUCCUGUCUCUUCCCUCCGUGGUGGUGGUGCUUCGAAACCGGGUCUCUCCUUUGGCCAGCUUUUCACUUCUUCUUCGUCUGGGAGUAACAUUACCAAGAACCGUACCAAUCGAACUAGACUUGAACCGAGUAGCUAAACCGGAUUUUAAAUUGUAACUUGUACCGGUUUUAUUAGCAUAGAGGUUUAGAUUUGGGUUCA